AAGGACAUGACCUACUGUCUUCACACUUGGGGAAAUAUAAUGGAGAAGAAAAUUCUAGAAGAACUUCUUUUGAAGAAGUCACAACAGAAGAAAAAAAUAUCACCAAUUAAUUACAAGAAAAGGUUGUUUGUUCUGACGGAAACGAACCUUUCUUAUUAUGAAUAUGACAAAGGGAAAAAAGGAAGCAAGAGAGGGUCAAUUGAGAUUGCGAAAAUACGAUGUGUAGAGACAGUUACUCUUGAGGAACCAACACCUCCUGAAAGACAAUAUCCUUUUCAGAUUGUGUAUAAGGGUGGACUUCUCUACAUCUAUGCCACUAGUGAAGAGAGUCGGGAGCGGUGGCUUGCAGCUUUGCAUAAAGAAAUUAAAGACAAUUCUGAUUUACUAAACAAGUACCAUAAAGGAUUCUUCAUCAAUGGAAAGUUUCUCUGUUGCAACCAAACCUGUAAAGCAGCUCCUGGAUGUACUAUUUGGGAGAAAUAUGUGACUCUGUGUUGUGCAACUGGAUAUGUGAAACCACUGCCUCCAGUCCCUCAAACACUGUGGAAGCAUAGAAGCCUGCCUCAGGUGCCAUCACCAAAUGAAUCAGUCCUGAAUAUUGCUGUGGCCCAAUGCAACUAUGAAUCCAAAGGAAAUUCAGCUAUCCAGCUUGUCAGAAGCCAUAAGUACUAUGUUUUGCAAGAGGAAGGUUAUGACUGGGGGAAAAUAAGGGAUUUGGAAAGGGAAAGCUCUGGUAUCCGGGAACAGACAUCGGUAGAAGAGCAGAGUAUUGAUACAUAUGAUUGGUAUGCUGGUAACAUCUCCCGUGCGCAGUCUGAGCAGCUACUCCGUCAGAAGGGGAAAGAAGGUGCUUUUAUGCUUCGAAAAUCUAGCCAAGUAGGAAAGUAUACUGUGUCUGUAUUCAGCAAGAUUCCUGAAAGCCAAAAAGGAACAAUCAAACAUUACCAUGUGCACAAAACCCCUGGGAACAAGUAUUACCUCGCUGAAAAUUACUGUUUUGAAUCAAUUCCCAAGCUUAUACACUACCAUCAGCACAACUCAGCUGGUAUGGUGACAAGGCUCCGACAUGUAGUGUCUACGCAAGUAAAUAAAGUCCCACCCACAGAUUCACUGGGAAAUGGAAUGUGGGAGCUGAAAAGAGAAGAAAUUAUCCUGUUGAGAGAGCUAGGGACUGGUCAGUUUGGAGUGGUGCAUCUGGGAAAGUGGAAGGGAAAAUAUGAUGUGGCCAUAAAGAUGAUUAAAGAGAGAGCAAUGUCAGAAGACGAAUUCAUAGAAGAAGCUCAGACCAUGAUGAAACUUAAUAAUCCCAAACUUGUUCGACUGUAUGGUGUAUGCUCAAAAUCAUAUCCCAUCUAUCUGGUAACAGAAUACAUGUCUAAUGGCUCUUUGCUUAGCUACUUAAGAAGUCAUGGGAAGGAACUACAACCCCUUCAGCUUCUGGAAAUAUGUUAUGAUGUUUGUGAUGCUAUGGCAUUUCUGGAGAGCUGUCAGUUCAUACAUAGAGAUUUGGCUGCCAGGAACUGUUUGGUUGACAGCAAUCUUACUGUGAAAGUAUCUGACUUUGGAAUGACUAGGUAUGUUCUGGAUGAUUUGUAUAUAAGUUCCCUAGGAACCAAGUUUCCAGUGAAGUGGUCAGCACCAGAAGUUUUUCUUUACACCAAAUUUAGCAGCAAGUCAGAUGUAUGGGCCUUUGGUGUCUUAAUGUGGGAGGUGUUCACACUGGGAAAGCAGCCCUACGAGCUUUAUGAUAACAUGCAAGUGAUGGAGAAAGUUUCUCAAGGAUACAGACUUUACAGACCACAACUGGCUUCAGACAUCAUCUACCAGAUAAUGUGCAACUGCUGGCAUGAGCUACCAGAAAAGCGUCCUGCCUUUCAUCAGCUCUUACAGUUUUUUGAGACACUGAGAGAAGACAACAGAGUUUGAAAAAGAAGAUUCAGUAUCAGAUGACUGUGCAAACUGUUUCCAUAUCACCUGUCUUCUGUACAAGAGCUAAAUCUGAAAUCUGCUUGAAGUUGGCCAUCCCCGUUACUGUGUGUAGCAGUGUUCUUCUCAAACAAUAGGCGUAUGGAGGAGGCUUUUGUGAUGCUCUGUGGGUGACAGA